AUAAACACUUUAUCUGAAUAUUUUGUGUCACUUAUACAAAUUAAAAAUUUUACUUUAUUAAUUUAUGAAUUAAACAUAAUUAAUUAUAAUCUUUUCAUCUUCUUCUUCCUCUUCUUCUUCGAAAUCAUAUUCAUCAUCUUGGGAUCCUCGUGGAACCCAAUGCUAGGUUCACAAGGAACCCAACACUGGGUUAGCAAGGAACCCAAAGCUGGGUUUCGCACAAACCUAGGUUUGGGUUCCUCUCGAAACCCAACAUUGGGUCCGUGGGAGAACCCAGCGCUGGGUUCCACAAGGGAACCCAGAUCUGGGUUUCACACGAGCCUAGUGCUGGGUUCACAAGGAACCCAAAUUUGGGUUCCUCAUGAAACCCAGCAUUGGGUUAACAAGGAACCCAGAGCUGGGUUUCGUACAAACCCAGGUCUGGGUUCCUCUCGAAGCCCAUCAUUGGGUUCGCAGGAGAACCCAACACUAGGUUCCACAGGGGAACCAGAUCUUGGUUUCGCGCAAGCCCAGUGUUGGGUUCUGAUUUUUUCUUUUUUAUUUUAAGUGUAUCUAUCCAAAAUGAAAAUAAAUUUUCAUAUUCAGUUUUGAAUUAGAAAUGUUAAGUUCAGGUUCAUUGCAAAACCCAAAUCAUGUUUGAUGUUUGAGUUUGAAACUGCAAAGGAUAAGUUCAUGUUGUGUUUAUGUUACUAUUAACUUCAUAAAUCUUUUCAUUUAUG